CGCGCCUAUACCCACCACUAAUCCGCGCACGAUGGCUCGUCCAUCGUCGCCGCACACUGUGUAUCCAAACUCUUCCAAUGACCACAGUUUUACGCCCAGACGAGAAUUCAUCAGGGACGACCGAGUUCCCUCCACUUUUGCUAUCCUCACUCUCUCUGCUUCUUCUCUCAUCAGGCUCUUUGGCUUUCCUCAGCCCUUCAUCUCCGCUCUCAGGAAACUACUGCUUGAAAAGGAUCGUCUUGCAGUUGGUUUUCGCGAGGAUAUCACGCAGAACUUUUGCGAGUUCACUCUCGAAGGGAAACCAUGGGCGAGCCCCAAGAGCAUUCCCUCCGAAAAGCUCCUUGUGGAUAUCCUUGCCGUUCUCUUUCAACAUGGCUAUGUCUUCCUUUCUACGCUAGACUAUGGCCGCGAACAGGACGAUCGUGUCGUUAUGGCGUUUUCAAAGCCCAGUCCUAAUCAUGCCCCACAAUCAUCCACUCCCCUACUCUCGCCCCUUCAUAGAACUAGCGGCCACUCGCCUACUCCCACUCUUCCGCCUGUGAGAGUCCCAUUUGCCCUAUCCUUUCCCAACGCCACGACUCUCCGAGUCAUUUCCCCACCACUUCAUUCCACCCCCGCGAUCCUGCAAGCAGUGCGAGGUGCAUGGCCACGUGGUGUAGAAUCCGAAAAGAAAGUCGGCGAUUCUACGUUUGAGUUCAAACUCAAGGGCUACAAGUGGUUCCAGGAGGAUACAUUCGCGACUGACUCGCUGCGACACGUGUUGACUAUCCUUGCCUCAUUGAACUCGUUCGGUUUUACUCUUCAGACAUCAAUCUCCGUUGCAAAUCGAUCACGAGUCAAGGACCUAUGGAUCUUUACUGGUCUCAGUAAUGCAGACCCGCCAGAUUCGCCGCCUGCUAGUCCCGACAUGUCCAAGACUUCCUUGCAGGUAGCUCAGGGAGGGCCGACGCCAGACACAGGUCGUUUUGUAGACCAUCGAAAGGCGAGCAGCGUCCCUGGACUAUCGCAAUCUCACCUUGAUAAGACAGGCCACGGCCGUGCGGCUACUGACAAGGGGCCCACCGCAGCCGUCACGCAGUCGUCACCUCUCGCGAGCCAUCCUAGUCUCUUGCGCAAGCCCGCUCCACGAGCACAGCUCCCAGUAUCUGUUGCUGGAUCUAGCACAUCUCAGGAAGGCGUGCCUCCCAUGUCUGGACCAGCCACGCAACGCCUUCCUCGCACGUCUGAAGAACUCGUCCGUGCCAAUCUGCCUAGCACCGUGGGCAGUGCCACAGAUAUGACUGGCAUAGGUACCGCCGCCCACCAGGCGAUGGUCGGACCUUCUGCAGAACCCAGUCCAGCCAUUUUCUAUUCCACGUCCCCCAAGCCACCGGAUACCCAUAAUCCAUAUUUCCCCUCGACCACCGCUGCUCUCGCACAAUCCGCCAGACCGGCAUCACCCAAGGCCAUUCCUAAGGCACGAGAUACCCCGCCAGAGUCUGUUCCCCAGAGUCCGGAACCGUCCACUACCACUUCGAUCACUCCUCCGGCUUUCCCUUCUCCCAACGCGACCGUCGAGCAACCUCCACGAAACACCCUUCAAUCGACCGCGACCACGUCGACAACUUCGACCCCUCCUCUUCUCGGUCCCGGAGCAUUCCGUGAUUCAGCUUUCAGCUCAAACACGACGCAGACGUACGAGAUCCCUAUUACAUGGACCGGGAAGGAGCCAGAGAAGGAUACGCCAGACGGUAGGAAGCUUCGUGAUCCGGUUCUUCCUGGUGGUUGGGCGAGUCCCGUACAGGAGAAGCCUGAACUGGACGAGUCUUCCAAGUCUUCGUCCCCGACCGAUGGGCCAGUCGAGGACCAAACAGACAGCAGGGACGACGGAUUCCUGCGCCCGGGUGGUGAAUUUGGACCACGAACGAAGGAGAUGACGCCGGAGCAGCAGCAGGUUAGGGUCAACGAGCCCCAGUUGGUGCAACAGGAGACGGAGAGAAAGAGUCACCCGGUUCUUUUUGGCGAGAUUCCAGGAGCGAAGUUGGAAGUGAAGAAUGUCGGUGAUACCAAGAACGACACCCCGAGCGUUAAGCAGGAGCGACAUAAGAGCGCAGAUGGCUGGGUCAUGGUCAAUGUCGCACAACCGACUUCCCCGUCUAGUCUUCAUCCACCCUCACAUACGAAGAGCGCGUCGGAACCUGCGGUGACGCUUUCGAAACCGGCCAGUCCUCCGAACGGCAACGGUGUUACGCACGCGGUGAAACCCUUGGAGUCAUCCAUGUCACCAGCAGCGAAAGCUAUCGUUAUGGCGGACGCUCUGGAGGCUCAUAAGCCAAAGGGUGGAAGCAGGGCCACUUCGCCUGCUAAUGACGCUAGGCCAGCUGAUUCGCCUUCUAGGCCAAGUUCUCCACAACAAUCAUCGAGUUUCCGCCGUCUUUUCUCGCUCAAUCGGUCCGGAGAUGAGUCGCAGGGGAAGCAGAAGAAGAGGGAGAAAGACGAUCGCGGUCGUAGUAAGCUGUCGGGGGCUGGCGUGACGAAGACGAAGAGUAUGGCUCAGGAGGAGAUCGACGAGAAGAAGAAGGCGGGGAAGACGUCGAGGUGGAAGAGGAAUAAGGUCCCUCCAGACGUUUCCAAAGCUUCGGAGCGCGUGGCGGUGGAUUGAGCACCGCCGAAUAGGACUUUCUGGUAUGUAUGGCUAGAUCUUCUCAAUCCUCUGCCUCGUUCGGCCUGGUGUUUCCAUUGAUUGUUUCUUUCUGUGGACUUUUUUGUGUCGUGUUCUUGGUCACUUGAUGGGACGCGACUCCCUUGUUGCAAUGCUUUUUGGAUGGAAGGUCUAUUUUUUAAUCAUGUUUGCCUUCAUGUUGCUCGAAUAUCUGUAAUCCUACACUUUUGUGCGCACUUCCAACCGACUCCUCUCUUUUCUUCAUUAUCUUAUGUAUCUUGUUUCUUACCCCGCCCAUGGCUGUACGACUACUUACUUAACUAGCACCUCUUUCACCCUUCAAGUUGUUGUCCGCCGUCGGCUGCGUACUCCUCUCCUCCUCUUCCACACGUCUCUGACAUAUCCUAAUCUUUAUCUGUAGUAGCUGGUAUGCUUAGCGGUUGGCAUUCUUUUGCUCGACGGUCUUUUCUCUUGACUUUAUGCUUGCUUAGAUUGUCUGGUUACAGCGUAGAACACUUCAUUGGUGUACUGCCCUUUGAAUUCUUGUGUUUAUGAUGGAUUGAUUUUGUUCGCUCUGCUAUAGUAGCACCCUGUACAUAGUGCAUUUACGAUGAUAACGAAGUGGGACGAUUGUUUGUACGUGGAGAUAGACAGUGAACGAUUCCUGGGUCUGCAGCGCACAGACAAGACUGACAGUCAUUUGAUUAGUGAGCCGCAACAUCGAUUCGUACCAGAUUCUAUUUGUGGAGAAUUUAAGACGGCUAUCGUACAUGAACGACAACCCUAUCGUCGUUUCUUUGCCUUCUUGCUUGGCGUCGCGGUAGUCGACGCCUUGCCCUGCUUAGACGCAUCUGCUUCCUUGGUGUCAUCCGGAUUCACAAGAGCAUUGAAGCCGUCCAUAAGGUUGCCGCUUUGUAGCGAGCUCUGUACCUUAGCCAUCUUCGCAUGGUUCUGACUAACCUCUUGCGCCAGCUCAGGAUCCAUAUUCUUCAUGAGAUAUGGCAUGGCGAGCAUCAUGCCUCCUCCAAACACCAUCAUCAGCAUCAUUGGAUUUUGGAACAUUCCAACGAUAUUGAAGGAUUGGGGAGGUAUGAAGAAGUUGUUGCGGUGGCGAGGCGUGAGUUUGAUGGGGUAUGGAAGUUGGAUGGGUGAAGGAGGGUUGAGGGGUGUGCCUGCUACGUAUGGCCGUACUUCUGGGACAUCAGAAGACUGAGAGAUAUCUAUCCGCAAUUUGUCGAACUGGUGGCGAGGCGACAGAACGGAGAGUACAUAUGUUCCAGGUUCAACGUCUGAGAGAGUGAAACGUCCGUCUCGUGCUAUACUCCCAGAGUAAGCCGAGUUAUCAAGAGCAACCUUAGCUCUUCCCAAUUCAAAGACAUCUUGGCAAUGCUCAUUCCAGUGUAUGCUGCCUGUGACGUCCACCGCGAGUGCUGACCAGAAUACGCUCAAGAGCGUGACGACCAGUGAA